AUGAAGACCUUCUCCAUCCUCGCUACUUUGGCAUUCGCCCUCACAUCUUCAGUCUCUGCCCAAACAGCUUGCGACUCCGCUGCCUCCGCCAUCCCAACCUGCGGUGUUCCAUGCAUCCAAUCCGCCGCAUCUGGCGCCGGCUGCGAUUCAACCAACUACCGCUGCCGCUGCUCCAGCUCCUCCGUCAUCCAGGCCUCUGCACAGGCUUGUGUCAUCAGUAACUGCGGUAUCGCAACUGCCCUGCAGGUUCAGGCUUCGGCGGCUGCAGUCUGUUCUUGUGUUGCGACAGCGACGGGAAACUUGGCGAUUAGGCACGCGCGACCGACUGCUGCUCCGGGAGCCAAGUACUAGGCAAAGUUUACUUUUGAUAAAACAUUUUGAGCAUGGG